GAGUGUUUUUACCUCUAAAAUACGAUUAUGAAUACCAUUUUUUUAACAAGCUUCCUACAAAGGCCUUAUAAAGCUCCACUAAUCCAUUAUAAAUAAGCCAGUUAAACUCUAUGUAAGAAGUUGGUAACAUACCUUUAUCUGUAAAAAUCCACUGCACUCUUUAACAUUCACACAUCUCCAAUGGGUCCAUCCAUUUUUAUUUUCACUUUUUUUUGUGUACUGGUAACCAGCUCUCAUUAAAACCAAGCCACCAUUUCUUGUUAUGAAAGUCAAGCUUCCCGUUUUUCCCGAAGAUGUUGAGGGCUGAUUAUCAGCUUCCUCAGACAUAUCUAAAAAAAUAUAUAUAUUGUAUGUAACUUUUAUAUUUGAUUGGAUUAUGAUAAAAAAAUCAAAUAAUAGGUAUUUUAAAGAACACUAAUUUUAAUAAAGAGAAGUAAAUUAUACAAAAGAACAAAUUAAUAUACUCGCUUAAUAAAUAAAAAUCACUGUCACUCUGAUUUAUGUAGGAAUUUAUGUAGAUAAAAUUUCUUUCCGAGUCAAAGCACAACAUUCCAGUCACACUUGACUCUGAUUGGUUGUUUCGAAUUUUGGAACAAUAGAGCAAACUCACCCUUCCUCGCAGGUAAAAAAAAUAGCAAGAUGAUUCACUAAAACCACUCUUACCUAUGCUAACCUUUGUAAAAAAUAUUGGAGUGAAGUGAAUUUGGAAAGUUUUAAGCAUUAUAUUACGAUUACAUAAAAAUAUUGAAAAACAAAUUUACUUUGAUUAGGUUUGACUGCACUGACUGUACCAAAUUCAAGUUGUUGGUAUUCGUUCGUACAUUAAAUUAAAUUAUUUAAAAAGUGGUAUCCGUUCGGAAUAGAAAAAAAAUAAGAGUUGAAUCAAAUACCAGUGGUAUUAGUUUUUGGUAUUAGAAUGGAAUAAAUCAUAAAUAUUAAUAAUGGCAGAAAUAUCAUUCGUUUUAAAAUGACAAGUAAUUUCUUAUCAAAUUUAGUUUUGUGGCACCAAUUUGUAUUCCACCACGUCAUAGUGAUAAAGAAUUGUAUUCGUCGUAAGAUCACUUUGAACAAAAUUUUGCAAAUUAAGAUGUUUUUGAAAUUGCCCUUUUCUCUUUACACUCUAGUUAUCAUCAAUUAAUUCAUUUGUUUUUGAGAAUUUUGUAAAUAAUUUAAAAUUAGCCCUGAGGCACUUUCCGCACAAGGGCCUCAGGGCUAAUUUUGUAGGAAAUUAGUUGUAUUAUCACCUCCCGAGAGGAAUACGUCGAAUUCAAAGUCACCUUGUAUAUACAUAUAUGUUUUUCUACUAAUGUGUCUACUAUGUAUUUUCCCACGCAAUAAACUGCAGUUGACUGAAGGGAGCGGGAAAUCUUCCAGUAGGCUGCUGGCAGUAUUUCUGCAUAAUUCAAUCGUAUAAGAAACGUCGCCUCUUAUGUGUUCGCCAUAGUAGGAACGUGCUUGUUUUAAUUGGUACGUUCCACACGCAAUUAAAAUUAAUUCAUUAUAUUCCAGCCUCGGAAAUGAUACAUUAUCUAUAUUUACAUUUAUGGAUAGAAAAUUUGUGCGCCGUCUAUUUAAAUUAUUUUGAUUAACAAAAUCACUAAGAGAAUUAUUUAUGUACAUAUUUUCAUUUAUUAUCUCCAGUAUUUGCCCUGCAUCCGCUCUGUCUCUAAUUCUUUGGUAAAACCUAUUUAUUAGAGCUGCUGCUAUGCGAAAGUCUGUCACAGGAUGUUUUGAUGCUCGAUUAAAAAAAUCGUGCCUAAGCAAUUUGAAUGAUUGCUUAAAUAUGCCAUUUACUGCUUCAACAACCCACCUACAAACCGUGACAGCUCUCGACUUAUUAGCAGCAAGAGUCGACAAUUGAUUUUCACCUUGUUGUAAGGAUGCAAGCAUAUGAGUUCUGUAAUUACAUUCUCUCAGCAGCGGCACAGAAUCUCUAAAACCCCUAUCCAGGAUAAAUACAUCACCAGCUUGGAAAUAUAUUCUAAGUGGUUUUGUUUCUUCAUUAAAUUCAUUUAUUAUUAUAUUUGCAUCAGAGGGCCUAGACAAAUGGCAAACGCUCCGAAUCUAUUCCAUUUCUACAAACGUUUACGCCUUGGCGUUGUCGAUCGCUAAGUGUGAGCCAAAUGUACAAAGCGUAGUCGAACGCUCAUUCUAAGCGAAUGCUACAAAAAAAUAAAAAAUAUUGUCUAUGGUUUCGUUUUUCUAAACGUCAGUUUGACAUUCAGUGAGCGCUUGUUUUCAAAUAAUUGGUAAGUGAAACAUUAUAAUAUUACUGAUUAUAUUAAUAAAUAUAGCACUAAAUUAAUAUUCUUCUAAAACAUAGCAGUUUAAAAUAGAAUUUUAGGAACUUAAAAACUACCUAAAGCUAAAGUUUAUUGAAUGGUAUAUCUUUCUUGUUUUAGUCAUGGAACCAAGAACACGAGCAAGUCCAGAACAAUUCUCAAUUCUCCUAGAUUUUAUGGAAAGGCAUGGCGAUCUCUCGAGACCUCAGUCAGGUCCUCAAGGACGAAGUAAAAGUGAGCGAUUAUGGGUCGAACUCACUAAUACUUUAAAUUCUCUUGGUGGUGGUGUUCAAAAAUCAUCAGAUAAAUGGAAAAAAGUUUGGGCUGAUUGGAAAACAAAAACAAAAAAAAAAUAUUUGAAUAUAAGAAAACAUGCUAGUGGUACUGGUGGUGGUCCAAGCAACCGAAUAGCUUUGAGUGUUUUAGAAGAAAGGGUAGUAGCAAUCAUAGGUAUAUCUGCUGUGGUUGGACAAGCUGGUAUCGAGGAGCAAGGUUUCAAUACAACAUCAAAUGAACCGGCUUUGGUGGGCAGUGGGAUUCAACUUCCUGUGGAACAAAACAGUGCAUUGGGAGAUAAUAGCCAAAAUCUGUUAAAUAUUUCAAAUUUUGCAGAUGGCACGCCAGGGACGUCAGGCAUUUGUCGUACAGUCACAAAUGCAUGUACACCAAUAAUUCCGUCAUCACCGCCCCCUCUAACAUCUUCACCGCCUCCACUUACAACUCCAUCGCCCCCACGAAUACGGCCACCUCCACGUGAACAAAGGCACCCAAGAACACCUCCACUGCGUCGCAAUCGGCAGCAAGCUGGAGAUUCUCCAUUGUCGACAGCUACAACUCCACGCCGUGCCCUAUUGAGCGCGCGAAGAAAUAGGGGGUUGACUCCUUUUGAACGAGCUGCACAGGAAUUUGCAGCCGUCGAGCAACGCCGUCUUGCACGGGAAGAGGCAAGAGAAAUGCGCCGCCUUGAACUUGAAGAGGAGCGAGACAAGCGCCUUCAUGAACGGGAGAUGGAACGACUACGAUUGGAGGCGCAGAAGAUAGAAGUGGCUCAACAACACAACCAGUUAUUGCAUAAAUUAGGCAUUCUUGUUCAAAGCCUAAUUGAUGUAAUAUCACAGCAACGACAGGUAGGAAGUUUGCCCUCAACAGACCCUUUAUAGCUAAAUUUUUAGUUUUGUUGUUGUUAACCAUUGUAUUAAGUAAGUAUUAUGUUUAAUUUGAUUAUUUUGAUUUUUAGGGUUCCGUAGUCAAAUGGCAAAAAACGGAACCCUUAUAGAUUCGUCAUGUCUGUCUGUCCGUCCGUCCGUAUGUCACAGCCAUUUAUUUCCGAAACUGUUGGGCCUACAUAGUUGAAACUUUGCAGGUUGAUGUAUUUUGGUAACCGCUAUUCGAAUGUUGUAUAAAAAUUAAUAAAUUUAAAUUUAUUUUAUAACUUUUAUAUUAUGUCAUCUACUUGUUGUUACGGAACCCUUCAUGGGCGAGUCCGACUCGCACUUGGCCGGUUUUUUUUAAAUGUUUGAUUUAAUUGAUAAAUUGAAUGUUUUAUUAUGUUUAUGCCUAAUUGUUUGUCUGAUUAUUUUGAAAAUUGAUUUGAUUAAUUUAUUGGAUUAUUGACGGGGUUUAAUUACUAUUUGAGUUUUUUGAGUUAUCCUAUUAUAAUAAUAUCCUGUUAUAAUAUUUCGGUUGUCUGUGUGUGUGUGUGUAUUAUGCAGGAUAUGUUAAAUCUCAUUGCAUGAUUUUUGUUAAGACUGAUUAAUUGUUGUGUUUAUUUAGUUUCUAAGGAAAAACAGAUUUCUUAGUUAAUUAAUAUAACUAAUAAAAACUUUUACUGUAGAAAAAUAUUGCGUUUUAUUGUUAAUGUUGGAUCUAUCCCCCAAUUCCU